CGGGUUCUCCUCCCUGUCAUCUGGUGGCUUGUCUACGUUAGCAACUUCACCUACGAACUCCCUUAGCGAGGAUGAAGUGGAUCAUCAGUGUGGUGGCGCUUUACCUUCUGUUGGACCUGCCCGACCAAUCUCACGCACAGGAAGAAGUCCCGUGUACCGACCCCUCCGCCACGAUACCUUUACCCGACAACGUUUCCAUCACCAUCCAUUCUCCCAACUACCCUGACAAUUAUCCCAACAACGAAAAAUGUGGAUGGAUAUUGGAGCCAUCAACCUCAGGCAGCACACUGUUGAUGAAGUGCUCCUAUGCCCUCGACCGGAGGAGGAGAUCCCGAGACUAUUUACAAGUAACGGCUGAUGACGCGCAAGCUGAGAGAUACUACGGGUCGGGCAGUGUUGAGAUUACGGCUGAGACAAGGUUGGACGUGUACUUUCAAUCUAACAGAAAAAAUACUGGCAUUGGUUUCGAAUGUACUGUCUCAUCCAUCCCUGCUGGAGGUGAAACCACUCCACCAGCACAGACGACUGCUUAUAAGUGUCUGGAGGCGACAAGAAUCGUAGGUGGGCAAGUGACGGACCCACACGAGUACAAAUUCCAAGUGGUGGUGAGAACUACAGACAAUACUCUGUGUGGUGGCUCCCUCAUACACCGUAAGUGGGUGCUCACCGCUGCCCACUGUGUUUCAGGUAAGAAUCGUAACCAGGUAUUUGUGUACCUGGGAGCCCACCAAUAUAACGACAACACGAAUGAACGAGGCGCCGAGGAUCUGAUCAUCCAUCCACUGUACAACAGCAACAGGAAUGACAACGACGCUGCUCUCAUCAAGAUAGCCGAUGCAAUGGCCUCUGAUACCGUUGGCUAUGUGUGUAUCGCUUCCAACAGAGCAAACUUGUACUCUCAAGGGACCGCAACUGUGAUUGGAUGGGGUACUACGAGCUCCGGUGGAUCCAUUUCCUCUACUCUAAGGGAGGCCGAUGUCCCUCUCAUGUCUAACUCGGAGUGUUCAUCACGGUAUCUUAAUUAUGGCUCUUACAUCACUGACAAUAUGAUAUGUGCUGGCCAACCCGGAACGGAUUCUUGUCAGGGUGACUCAGGUGGGCCACUGCUUUACCCCGAUGGCAGUGUUGAUUACGUCCAGAUCGGUGUUGUGUCGUGGGGGAUCAACUGUGCUGCAGAAUAUCCAGGAGUCUAUACCCGCGUCACAAGUGUGAGUGACUGGAUCGAAAAUGUUGUGUCCUCAAACCCGUGAUUAGAGCUAAACAAACUAAUUACUCUGGACUGUCACUUGCCUGUCGACCUUGAUGAAUUAAGUCACCUAGCUGCCCAGGGUGCCAUCUACCUGCCCAGGGUGCCAUGUAGCUGCCCAGGGUGCCAUCUAGCUGCCCAGGGUGCCAUCUAGCUGCCCAGGGUACCAUCUAGCUGCCCAGGGUGCCAUCUAGCUGCCCAGGGUGCCAUCUAGCUGCCCAGGGUGCCAUCUACCUGCCCAGGGUGCCAUCUAGCUGCCCAGGGUGCCAUCUAGCUGCCCAGGGUACCAUCUAGCUGCCCAGGGUGCCAUCUAGCUGCCCAGGGUGCCAUCUAGCUGCCCAGGGUGCCAUCUAGCUGCCCAGGGUGCCAUCUAGCUGCCCAGGGUGCCAUCUAGCCAUCAUGAAUACUAUCUCAGCUGUCCGGCCUGUUCCUUACUGACCCUUCUAUUAUCUUACAACCUAAUUUGUUAUCUUAGAGCUGGUGUGUUACCUUACUACCUGGCGUUAUCUUAGAGCUGGUGUGUUACCUUACUACCUGGCGUUAUCUUACAGCUCGGUGUGUUAUCUUACAGCUCGGUGUGUUGUCUUACAGCUCGGUGUGUUAUAUUACUGCUGUGUUAUAUUACAACCUGGUGUUAUAAUCCCCCCUGGACACGUUCCCUCAAUAACUCUUCUUGAUCAUUUUCUCUCCAAGUUUGUGAAGCAAUAAAACUAAAAUG